CCGGAGGAUCAGGAUCAGCCGGAGCAGCCAGCCUCCCGCUCCAACUCCAUCGAUGUGACGAGAACAAGGAGAACAUACCCCGCUUCUCCUUCUCCUCGGAGGCCUCCACCGACUCCAGUCCAAUGAAAAACCGGAGAAGCAGAGACCAAUGGAACCCCUCCGCCGAUCUGGCCGAGAAUCCCAUCAGCGUGAAGGAGGCCACGCGCAAGUUCAACCGGAUGGCUUCCGAAGAGGAGGCCAAAAUCAUAUCGCCGCCAGCCAAGAAGAAGCCAGAGAAGCAAUUAAUCGAGGAGAAGGAUUCGCCCGAGGUUACGCUGGCGCAUCCCAAGGCGAAGGAGUGGAUCGUCUCGAUGGCGAAGGCUAAUUACCAGGAGCUGGCCAAGAUGGCCAGCGAGUUCCCGGAACUGGUUAAGCUGCAGUGUCCAGCAACGGGCUAUACCGCUUUGCACUGGGCAGCCAAGCACGGCAAUGAAGAUGUGGUUAAACUAAUUGCCGGCACCUAUAAGGCCGAUGUAAAUGCCAGAACGAACGGGGGAUACACACCCCUUCAUUUGGCUACCCAGUUUGGAAGAGAUAAUAUAUUUGAACUACUCUGGAAUGUCUAUAAGGCCAAUAGGGACAUCAUGGACUGGAGUGGCAACAAGCCCCUGGACUACAGUCGCCAGCGGUCGAGUGUGUCCGCCUCGACCUGCAGCAAAAUCAAGGCUCGCAAAAAGCAUGCAAUCGAAAAAGAUUUGGGCUUCCUGCGGAUUGGUUCGUUGAAUGUCAGGGUAAAGAAGACCACCGAGGCGUUCAGCAAUUUCUUGGGAGUGGGCAAUGGCAGUGGGGUGGCCCCGAUGGGCUAUGGCAGUGGCGGGGGAGCGGGGGCAGCAAGUCGCCCUCACCAUCGGUCUCACCGAGCCCCUCACCAACGUCAUCAUCACCACGUUGGUACGACACGGAGUCGGCAUCCGAAUCAGAGGGCAGCGAUGAGCACACCCUACGGGACGAACGGCGGCCUUCCAUCGAGGGCGAGUGUUCCCAAUAACCGGAAUAUCUACGACGGAGUGCACAAGUCUUGGGGAUCGGCAGACAACAUACCACACCGAUCGGAGGAGCUAAUGCCGCCGCCCAAGACGGUGGAUUAUAUCAGCAAGCGGAACAAGUCCUCGAAGCGCUCGUCGUAUGCUUCGAAUGCCACCGAUUCACCUCGGGAUUCCAUUUGCUCCUCGAACUCCAGUUCCAAUCUGAAUGGCGGAUAUAGCAGCAUGCCCACGACCCCGAAUCAAUUGCGUGCUCCCAAGGGCAUCGCUACAUCCUUCGCAGUUGAUUCCGAUUCGGACUCCGCCUGUGGAUUUGACUCCAGCUGGUCGGUCAACUGUCGUGGAUCUUCAAGCAGCAAUCCAUCGCAAUCCUAAAUACCUGAAUAAGUGUGUUAGGCCACAAGCCCAAAUGUCUACAUACCAUACAACAUAUAACAUUGACCAUGUAAUCGUGAAAGUAUUUGUUUUUUAAUGAACUAAAAUAUUAUCUAAGACUAACAAUUUUUUGUGUCUGUGAAAUAUUCAUUUGAAAGAAGCUUAUGUUUUGUCUUUAAUGUCACACUUUGUACCCAUCCUUUAAACAUAACACAGUAUAUAUGUAUUCCUGAUUAAAAAUUAA